UCCAUCGUCUAAUCUCGCGUUGCGUAUAACACAAUAUUAUUUGAUUUGUAUGCGCAUAACGAAACAGCAGUACAAUUUGGACAUAAUUGUGAGAGCUAUAUUAAUUAAAAAAACGUGUUUUUUUUAUUUCAUAUGGUUAUAGUUGUAAGUCAGUUUUAAAAAGCAGAUUAUUAAAGGAAUAUAUUAAUGACAUAUGAGCUUUCAACGUGCAUUCUUAAAAUGAUCUUAUUGUGCAUCGUGAUUUUGUCGUCUGUCACCAUUCAAACAGUUAAAAGUCAAGGGGAUAAAGAAUGUGACUGUAAGGGAUUUGGAUUAGUAAAGGAUCUAGUACUACAAGUGGUGAUGGAACAACGAAUGGAGUCUGCUAAACUUAGUAGAUUAGAAGCGAGGCUAAAGACAUACGAGACAACUUGGCCAAUUCUAAAUGAUCGUCUGAAAGGGUUAGAAAAAAACUUAAACGAUAUCAAUAUGAAAUUUAAUGAAACAGUAACUGGGGCAAAGGAUAAACAAAUGGGAUUCAAUCGCGGCAUUGGUACUAUUGUUCAGAAGGCGCUAAUCUCGGAGAAAAAAGAAAGAAAAAAAUUGGUUUCAAGCAUGAAUAAAAUAGUUAAUGAAUACAAGGACAACGUCGAAACGUUCAAAGUUGCGAUUAACAAGACCAUCGACAAACGUUUCCAAGACAUAACUGCUAAGCAAGUGGACUAUAAGGCCACCAUUGAAACGUACAAAGAAGCGAUUAACAAUACCAUCGACAAUCGUUUCCAAGAUAUUGCAGCUGAACAAAGGGAAUAUAAGAACACCCUUGAAACGUUCAAAGUUUCGAUUAACAAAACUAUAGACGAACGUUUCGAAUAUAUAUCUGCUAACCAAAUCAAGUACAGGAAUGAAAUUUCAUUAGAUCUUAUCACAAUAAACGAGACGAGAUAUAUGGUAGAUACACUUGGUAAAAUAGUGGAAGGAGGCCAAGUUCGAUUAGUUAACGGCUCGAAUCAGUAUGAAGGGAGACUAGAAGUAUGGCAUGAUUGGUCUUGGGGAACAGUAUGCGGUGAUGGGUUUGAUACGCUAUCUGCAAGUGUCGUUUGUAAGAUGCUUAAUUUUCAACACACUUCUCCUCGAGUAUACGGGUCCGCACAAUUCGGUGCUGGAGCAUCACUUAUACAUUUAGACAAUGUUGACUGUAAAGGAAAUGAAACAAGCAUAACGCAAUGCCGGCAUAACGGGUGGGGAAUAAAUGAUUGUGAACACCGCGAAGAUGUUGGUAUCUCAUGUACACCAGAUCAUUGUAAAGUGCCGUAUGAGUUUGACACACGUCUGUCAAUAUCUGACAGAUCACAUGCCAGUCUCUCCGGAGGUUCUGUGGUUGAGGUGGGGGACAAUGUUUACUUCAACUGUUCAAAUUAUGAAGAUGAUAUGCACGAACCUGUAAAUAGAAGAUUCAAGUGUAUAAACGGCCAGUGGAUUGAGGAUGAACGAGAUAAAUCAUGGAAGUUUGGAAAUAACGGAUCUUUUCCCAAAUGCAGAAAAACAAGAUGUGAACCGGAUUGUGAAAAUGGGGGUGUUUGCUUGAGGGAUGAUGAAUGUAAAUGCAAGCAUUUUACAUCUGGAAAACGUUGUGAAAACGUUAUUUGUGAUGAUGAAUGCUAUGCUAAUAAUGGCGAAUGUGUUGGUCCUGGAAAAUGCCAAUGCCCUGAGGGUAAAUUUGGAACUCACUGCGAAAAUAGUGCAUGUAGACUUCCUGAAAAUAAAAAUAUGGCGAAUUUAACCACUCCAGGAACCUAUUUUGCUAUUGGUGAAACAGUUCGCAAUUUUAAGUGUCAAAUGGGUCAUUUUCCAUCACCUGACCGAGGAAUGACCUGCCGAAGUGAUGGAUCAUGGUCAGAUAUAGUAACUUGUGAAAAGGGUAAAAUGUACAUGAUCAGUACGAAAACGGGAACACGUACCGGUGCCGGUACAGAUGCCAAUGUUUACAUUACACUGUUUGGCUCUAAAGAAAGUACAAGAAGAAUAAAAUUUGUUGGGAGUUUUGAAUUUGGUAAAGUCGACGAGAUCAGAACAUUUGCCAGAGAUGUAAGACCAAUACACAGUGUACAGAUCGGACAUGAUGGUGAUAACAUCUUAUCUGAUUGGGACCUGGAAUAUGUAUCAAUAUAUGAUGAACAUAUGGAGGAAUUUUAUGUUUUUAGAAACAUUAAACAACAAUGGGUAAAGGAAGGAAGUGAUCUGACCUUGGAGAGGGAAGGAAAUCAGUCAUGCAUCAACACAUUCGGCGAGAAAUAUAUAUGGUUUCCUAGAUGGAGGAAAAUUAAUGGGUUUUUUCUUGGCAAAGGGCCAGGGAUGAGUCGUAGAGCGUGUAAACAAGCUUGCAUCAACUGGAGUGAGAACGUGUGUAACGGAGUCUAUCGUGAAACACGUCGUAGUAGUUGUUACGGUUUCUCUGAAACGCGUGAUGAAUACUUUGAGGUGAAAAAUAAACAUUGGAAAGGAGAACUGUUUUUCAGAACAUGUAAGAAGUUCAACUGAAGGGAUUAUACUAUAAAAUUGUCGUCCCGUCUUAUUGUUGAUAGGUCAUCUUUUAAAUUAUUAUUACAUAUAGAAGAAAACUGUUGAUUAUAGUGUAUUGACUUAUCAGUUUGAAAAACUGUAAUUUAUUCUUAGCGAAAACUGAAACUGUUUUUUAAAGUUUUUGUCACCUAUAUUACUUAACCUUUCUUUUAACGAAACACCUUACCUAUAUAAGUAAUCAGUUUAAAAUCAUUUGGUGAAAAUUAAAACAUUUUUUUCUUAUUGCAACAUACUUAAAGUAGACAAAAGUGAAUUGAAUAAACAUGUUAAUAAUAAUCAGUUAUAUUAGAAAAACUAGGCACAUUGUUUGAUUAAGCAUAUAUUGAGAACUUUUCUUUGACAAAGAAAAUAACUUUACUUUUUAUAUAUUGAAAAAUUACGUUGCUGUGUUUUGGUAUACAUAAUUGUCUUUCCAAGGAUGGUAUAUAAUCAGUCGAUAGAUUUGUUCUUUUCGGUAGUUCUGUCCUCUUACAGCACAGAAUAAACUAUGUUGUAUAAAAUGUAAAACGUUGUCCCUUUCCUCACAUGUCUGCCCAUACAAUUUAUUCUUUCUGUUACAUAAUCAAAAUAAAUAC